AUGCGAAACCAAUUGACAUACCCAGCAGGCCAGCAUAACAAAGUGCAUCGGCUGGCCGACAAACGUGCCACAUACGACCUUGAGACAGUGCACAGUAUCAUGAACCGGUCGCUUAUCUUUCACGUGUCGUUCCAGCCCGCACCAGAAGAUCCGUUUCCCACCAGCAUCCCUAUGCUCGGAGCCAUGGGGAACUUUGACUAUCCUAGUGCCGGCUUGAACGAACCUCAAGACGCCUACAUCCAUGGCUACAUCUCCACCCGGAUGACUAAUCUGGCGAGGAAGGCCAUGGACGAAGGACUUCCAGGAUUGCCCGUGUGUCUCUCUGUCGCAAAGGUCGACGGCCUCAUCCUAUCCUUAAGCGCAUUCACACACUCGUGUAACUAUCGCUCAGCAACCCUAUUCGGACACGCAAGCCUAGUCACGGAUGAAUCAGAGAAGCUAUGGGCGCUAGAACUGCUCACCAACAAGAUCAUCCCCGGCCGAUGGGACCAAGUCCGCCAGCCGCCAAACAAAUUCGAACUCGUGCAGACUCAAGUCCUGCGCGUUCGUGUCACAAGUGGUAGUGCAAAGGUGCGCGCGGGACCACCGGCGGAUGAUAAGGAAGAUGUUGGGAAUGCCGAGGUCAUGGCGAAUGUGUGGUCAGGGUAUGUUCCGGUGGUAGAACGCAUGGGAACGCCUAUUCCCAGUGCAUACAACAAGGUCGAAGAGCUACCAAAGCAUAUUCAUGAUCUUCAGCAGGAGUUUAAUGAUGACGCCGAGACUUACAACGCGAAGCUGGUCAAGCAAGUAAGAGAGGAUGUGAUCUCGUGGGGGACGAUAUAA